GCUGAGAUAUCCGACUUCGACCUUACUUCCGCCGAAUGCGCCCACAGAUGCAACCUAGCCAUUGUCUGUCCGUGCGCGCCGGAAGCAGUGCCAUGGCCCACACCCCCGCACACAGGGCUGAAGGAGCCGCAAGGAUGCGCUUACCCCAUUGCACCUCUAUUCAAACUACUACAUCUAUCUUGGGAUGCACCGAACGGCCGUCUUCAUCCAUUCUCUUAGACCGCUCUUUGUCUGCUUACCGCUAUGUGUAAACUCUUUGUCUCCCCGCGUACGGACAACCACCUGUUCGCGGCCUCUUUCAGCAAUAUUAUCUUUCAAUAACGCCUCUUUUUCCAUGUCAUUUUUAUCUCAUCUCCGUCCCAUCGUCCACUCGACUAGCAAAAAUCAUGCCUUCCUUAGUAAAGUCCCUCGUUCUCGGCCUUGCGGCUGCGUCCGCCGUGCAUGCGCAGGCCUCCUUCAUCCAGACGUGCACCAGCCGCCUUCUCGAUGGUCGCCUCGAUCCCAUCGUCAACCCAGGCCGGGUCUCCUAUCACAGCCACGUCGUUUCCGGCGGCAAUGAUUUUAACUUCAGCACGACCUAUGAAGACGCGCUCAACUCGCCUUGCAGCUCCUGCGCCAUCAAAGAAGACCCUUCUAUCUACUGGGCCCCGAAGCUGUACUUCCACGCUGCAAAUGGUAGCUUCAUCUCCGUUCCCCUCGAAGGUGACGAUAGCGUCGGAAAUAUGGGUGGCAUGCUUGUCCGUUACAGCUUCAACUCCGGUCCCAGUAAAGACAAAAUCGAGCCAUUCCCCGAGGGCUUCCGCAUGCUGGCCGGAAACCCCUUUAAGCGCGUCAAUACGAGAGACUUUACCAGCGCUGCCGUUGGUCACACAUGUCUCGGCCCCAAUGAGGAGCAUUACUCCGGAUUCCCGCCAGUCAAGUGCCCCGGUGGUAUCCGCACGGAGGUGACAUUCCCGAAUUGCUGGAAUGGCGCGGCCGACGUUCCUGACCACCAAAGCCAUGUCUCGUACCCUGUCAAUGGAACCUACCUUAACGGGCCCUGUCCAGCUGGAUAUGAGCAUCGCUUGCCUACCGUGGCAAUGGCGAUCAUUUAUCGCACGGACGUAUUUAAUGGCGAAUGGGACGAGGUCAAUGGUCAGCCAUUUGUGCUUGCGCCCGGGGACCCCACGGGGUAUGGCAUGCACGGUGACUUUAUCAACGGCUGGAACAUCCCUGCGCUCCAAGACACCAUUUCCGCCUGCACCACCCCCGGCGCAGAUUGUCCUCCAAGCACACUCACGCGCUACACUCCCGGUGAGCAGCAAAUGUGCAAGAUCCCGUACCAGGUCGACGAGCAGGUCACCGGCGUUCUGGAUCGCCUGCCUGGCUGCAACCCCUUGACCACGGACUUCCUCGCUGGUAUCAUGAACAUGAAGCAGUGCGCGCUCAAGACCAAGAUUGACAUUAGCGUUGGCGCCCGUGGCCCAGUAGGCGGCUGGCCAUACAUCGGCUGCGCGUCGGACUGGGUCAGCCAGGGAAAGCUGCUGAAGGACGACCAGUUUGACAGUCCUGCCAUGACGCCGCGCAGGUGCAUUGAGUAUUGUCAGGUCAAGGGAUAUACCUAUGCUGGAUUGGAGAUGGGUAGAGAAUGCUAUUGCGGGAAUACAAUCCCUACUGGCCGUGGUCCGAAGACGGGCAUUUACGGCAAUUGCAACAUGCCAUGCACGGGCGACAACUCGCUGAAGUGUGGUGGGAAUCAGGCACUGCAGCUUUAUCAGCGACCGUCAUUAGGUAGAUAGAAUGGCGGGUAGAGAAUGUCAGUCCAGGAUGAGGGAGCAGUCAGAAGGAAGAGUAGGAGCACAAGUCGUUUGUAAUGAUAGGCGAGUGGAAGCAUCGUGAUUUGGUUUAAAAUUGAAUUUUCGGUUGACGUCAAGCUGUGGUUUUCUUUCUCUCUUAUUUCCAUGCGUACAGCUUGUCCUUCAUCAAUUUUUCGGGACUAGGGGAGCGGAGCAUGAAGAAAGGCAGUCACACUGCUCAACUCAACCAUUUAUUUUCGUAACUAGUGACUAGCGAUGCUGCUAAAGCCCC